AGUAUUUCAUAUAUUGUUGUGCAUGUUGUUGAAUACAUCCACUGUAUUUUAUUGUAAUCUUGAUGUCAACCCUCUAGAUUGUCAUCAUCCUUGUGGGAUGGAAGGCACAGGCAGUGGCUGGGCAGCUGAGCUCACCCCCCCAUGCGCGAUGCAUGAUGUGAAUGGAAAUGACACCGGUCAGGUCUUUGAGGUGGCACUGCAGAACAGCUCGUCCAAACGCAGCCCGCAGUUUGUGGGCGUGGAGCUGCUGCAGUCCUUCAAGCUGCUCAUCAUCCCCUGCUACACUCUGGUGGCCCUGGUGGGCGUGUUUGGCAACUACCUGCUCCUCUAUGUCAUCUGCCGCACCCGCAAGAUGCACAACGUCACCAACUUCUUCAUUGGAAACCUGGCCUUCUCCGACAUGCUGAUGUGCGCCACGUGUGUCCCCUUCACGCUGGCCUACGCCUUCAACCCACACGGCUGGGUCUUCGGGCGUUUCAUGUGCUACCUGGUGUACCUCAUCCAGCCCGUGACUGUGUACGUGUCAGUCUUCACUCUCACUGCCAUCGGUGUGGACAGAUACUAUGCCACAGUGCACCCCUUGAAAAAGCGGAUCUCAGUCUUGGCGUGCACCUACCUUCUGUCAGGGAUCUGGCUGCUGUCCUGCGGUCUGGUGGCUCCAGCUGUCGCCCACACCUACCACGUGGAGUUCAAGAACGAGGGCUUCACCAUCUGCGAGGAGUUCUGGAUGGGUCAGGAGAAGGAGCGGCUGGCCUACGCGUACAGCACCCUCUUCAUCACCUACGUCCUGCCAUUGUCGGCGCUCUGCAUCUCUUACCUGUGCAUCUCCGUCAAACUGCGCAACUGUGUCGUACCUGGCCACCACACCCAGAGCCAAGCGGAAGCUCAGCGCAUGCGCAAACGCAAGACCUUCCGCCUGGUGAGUCUGGUGGUGGCGGCGUUCGGCGUCUGCUGGAUGCCCAUCAGCGUCUUCAACGUUCUGCGGGACAUUGACAUUGACCUGAUUGACAAGCGGUACUUUCUGCUCAUUCAGCUGCUCUGCCACCUGUGUGCGAUGAGCUCAUCCUGCUGUAACCCCUUCCUCUACGCCUGGCUGCACGACCGCUUCCGCGCUGAGCUCCGCAAGAUGUUCACGUGCCGCCGUCGCAUCGGCAUCUCAGCCAAUAACUGCGCCACAGCCAGUGUGGUUUUGUGAAGCGUUUUUCGGUUACUGUUGGUCAGUCUUUAAUUCUUUGGACAGUAGAGUAUACCCAUCUUGUUCUGGUGACAUUCAGAAUUAGCUGUAUAUAGGUAGCAUUCUCUAGUCUGUAUGGUGAUUUAGCUCUCAAUUGAGGUAGCCUCUUUAAAUAUAAUGCUAAAAAAGAGAACUUCAUUGAUUUAGCACUGUACUUAUGUGACAUUGUUGGACUCACAAUGGACAGUUUUUUUUGUUUUUUUUUAAAAAAGGUUUUUGUUCCAUGCAUUCUCCUUCUUUUGCAAAAACCUGGCGUCUACAUUAUUCAUAGUGCAGUUUAACAGCCAGCAGUUCAGUUAGAGACAGAGUGGUGCAAGGAUUUAUUUGUAGGCCAACCCGGAGGUUAGCAUCACUCUGGUUCCCAUCGACUAUCCAGAAUGCAUUGCAUUUGCUGCCAUGUUGAAUGUCAAAGAAAGAAAAAAACCAUUAAUGAACCAUGGAGUAGAUCCAUGAAAGGAACCCCAUCAAAAGCAAGAUACCAUACAAAGAGAAAUGAAAUUCAGUAGUAAUGUGGUUGCAUAUGCAGCAACACUGACUGUGUACCAGCUAGCAUUAGGCUAAUUUUUAGCUAUUCACAUGUCCAGUACAUCAACUGUAUAUAAAAAGAUGAUAGAGCAUCAAUAGCUACUCAAAAACAAGUGACUUCCAUUUAGCCACCUGAUAGCAACUGCCUUUUUUAAGACAUGUAAAAGUCUGGUAAGCUCAGUGCUUACAGGAAAAAAAAAAUCACACGUACAUCCAUAAUCAAGACCUGUAAACAGACCUUGUAGAAUUGAUGGAGUCCCCCUUAAAGCACAAAAACAGUAGACUGAUAAUUGAAUACCAUGUGUUUAUACAGAUGCAAUCACAAUGAGUAUCAUGCCUUUUGUAAACUAAGUUUUAAUUUAUCCAUUGUUCAAGGAUAAGGCUGAAAAUGUAUUUCUAUUAACGUUACCAAAUCUCAUGAAAAGACCUAAACCAGCAGUGUGUUAAUCUGUCUCUCCACACUCUGACCUCCCUGGCCUUUCUGUUUCAUCAAAAGCCUGUUCAUUACUAAUUAAGGCAAAAGAUUGGGUCACAAGAAUGGGUCCCAAAUACAUGCUUUCAACCUUAAAAAAAGAAAAGACUAGAUAAUUUCCUCUAACGGCUGGUCACAGUGGUUUUCUGCAAACAUCACACAAACAGGAGUAAAUUGUGAAUUCUUGGGGACAUUUUUCAACUGCGGAUUUGGUUCACUGGGUAGUAUUCAUGGCAGCAGGACAGUGUAUGUGGGAUUGAUUGGGGGAAACACUACAGUGCCGUGUCCAUCAUAAUGAGGGAUCACAUCACUUUCACUGAUGUGUUUUUAAUAGCUUUUGGACAAGAAUGGAGGUCUAUGGCAGAUACAUCAGGAUGUAGACACACUGUACCUGUUAACAGGAUCACUUCAUUGUUGGUAUUUGUCUUUUUCAAAAGACAACUAGGACUUCUACAAACUUACAUAAACAGCCCCAUUUACACUUUUGACAGCCUCUUGGUUUAAUCACUGUGGACAGAAAGAAGGAUUUGCAAACUUACCACUAAUAAAAUAAUUUCUAAACAUAACAGAAACCAGCAAGAUGUUGGAAAAACGUGCAUAAGACAUGCAUAAGACAACAACUGGAGUUGUCUUAUGCAUG